UACAGGCAGCCCCGACGAGUUUGCUGAAUAACUCAAGGCGCCCUUCCCCUCCAGCAGGGAGACUAAGGGAGUGAGAAUAAAGACAGAUAGCGGAUCGAGCCGCGGGAAGGAGAGGAAGGAGGGAGGGGGGGCGGAAAGCCAAAGAAAGUUUCUGCCUAACUUUGCUAUUGCUGCUGCCACCGCAGAUCAGCAGCUAUGCUGGGGGUGGACGGCGUGCUGGAGCUUGGAGGGCUCAGAUCGCCUUAGGAAAGGCAGGAAGGGGGGGAAAGGGAGCUGGAAAGAUUCAGGGCGCAAGGAAAACGGAGAGGAGCCCCCCUCCCUCCCUUCUCCCCCACCCCCUCUGGUCGGGGCCCACGAGGAAGCCGUCCAGGGUAGCAAAAGUCCCCCGCGGGGAGGAGGAGGAAAGUUGAUCCAGCGAGGGAGGGGAGGGGAGGGGGAAAGACCAUCUCCGAGUGGGGCAGCUUCGGGUGGGCAAGGAUGAGCCUCUUGUCAGCCAUCGACACCAGCGCUGCCUCCGUCUACCAGCCCGCGCAGCUGCUCAACUGGGUCUAUCUGUCCCUGCAAGACACGCACCAGGCCAGCGCCUUCGAUGCCUUCCGACCGGAGCCUUCGUCGUCUCAGCACCCGGAGCUGAGCUACCCCAGCAAGAGCAGCGCCGAGCUGGGCUCCUCCCUCAGCUCCAGCUAUCUUAACAGCUUCUUCCAGCUCCAAAGGAACGAGGCACUGAGCAGCAGCCUCUAUAAGAGUGCCUCUCCCUAUGGCUCCCUUAAUAACAUAGUAGACGGCUUGAGCUCCCUCACUGAACAUUUCUCCGACAUAUCCCUCUCCUCAGAAGCCAGAAAGCCCAGCAAGAGACCACCGCCCAACUACCUGUGCCAUCUUUGUUUCAACAAGGGACACUACAUCAAGGACUGCCCACAGGCACGUCCAAAAGGAGAAGGCCUGACACCGUACCAGGGGAAAAAACGCUGCUUUGGUGAAUACAAAUGCCCCAAGUGCAAGAGAAAAUGGAUGAGUGGAAACUCCUGGGCCAACAUGGGACAAGAAUGUAUCAAGUGCCACAUCAAUGUGUAUCCUCACAAGCAGAGACCCUUGGAAAAGCCCGACGGCCUGGAUGUUUCUGAUCAAAGUAAAGAACACCCUCAGCAUCUCUGUGAGAAAUGUAAAGUGUUGGGGUACUACUGCCGCCGUGUGCAAUAAAUCAACACAGGGAUCACCUCUGCCACCACGUUUUUACAUCCUCUGGCAGCAGUCAAAAGGAAAGAGGAGGGGAGGAAAAAAGAACAUCAGACAAGAACCCCAAGCAUCACCAAUAUUGCCUAUCAACAAACUAAUAAUACGCCUUACCUUUAAUAGAAUGUAACCCUUUUCCUGUGUAUGUGUAUACGUGCAAGUUGUAUUUAUAGGACUAUGGUGUGUUUAUAUAUAUAUAUAUGAAACAGAUGUUACUGAUGUAGGGCACAAAUUGUCAAGCGCUGCUGCUGCUGUACUGCCGUCAUCCUUUCCUGUGAGUCUUGCAUAACAGCCUCACACAAGCCAGAUUAAAACAGGUGGGGUGGUGGUUGUGCAGUAGCAGUUUUUGCUGGACUGUGCCCAUCAUGUUCAUGAUGAAAUCACCGACGUGGUUUCUGUUGAUUGUUUACACAGUUCCAAUAUCCUGCCCAGGUGAAACAGUAUUGUUUGUCAAGAGAGGUAUAUAAUAACGUCAUGGCUUUUGCAGGCAUUAGACAAAAUGGGUGGAAAUGUUAAAUGUGGGUUCUAGCCAAUGCCACAAACUAUAUAUUUUUCUAAUACAAUGAGGGCUAAGCUAGAAAAAGGUGUGCAUGUGCGUGUGUGUGGGAGGGGGAAUGUUCAUUUUCCUUGACUUUAGGGUUGGUCUGAGAGUUGCAUCUGAUUGCUUGCUUUCCAAGAGUCCAGGGCCACUGAAAUGAGACUUUUGGUAGGCUUUUGAUUAAUAGAAUCUUGAGGGUUAAAAAGAACAAGUGAAUAAUUGUUUGAGGGAGUGUUUUGCAUGGAAGUAUAAUGGUAGAACAGGAAGGGUCGAUCAGGAAUUCAUCUUUCUUAGCCAGUAGUCUUAAGCAUGCUUCCUCAGAAGAAGUUCCACUGAAAUCUAUAAGGCUACUUUUGAGCAAAUGUGCUUAGGAUGCAUUUGUUGUUUCAGGGCGUUGUUGACCAAUACCGUUCCCUUGUCACAAUUUCUAAAGCUUCUCCUUCCUUUCUUUAUGUACUUGCUAUGCAAGUGGUGGCUGAAAUUCCUACUGUUGUGAAUGCCACAUAACCAACCACCUUAUAUAGCCAACACGAUAAAUUCAACUUUUUUUAUCUCACCAUAGCAGGCUAUCCCUAGCCCUCCCUGCCCCAUUAUAAUUCUCAUUCACAUACUCUGUAGUGCAGUUAGAUUUUUCCUGCAGUGAAAUGAGGUGUCACUAACUGAUCUGCUCACACACUAUGUUCAAGAUGUACGUACUCUCCACAUCUAAAGACACACAUCAGCUCCUAAACAAUAGAUAGUGGGGGCUUCCCCAUAACCCUUCAGAGGUUCCUAAACAAAAAAUAUUGUUGAUGUAUUCAUUUAUGAGCUCUGUUUGAACUGUGCUUGAGCCACACAUGACUUAAAGACAGUGAUGGCGGAGGGCAGGAAUGGCUAUACACUUGGGACUUGCCAAGCAAUAUGGCACCGACAAUUUUGCCUACAUUAUAAAUGAAGGAAAUUUCAUACGUUACACCCCUCAAGUAGAUAGGGUCCACUGAAAAUUGUUGUGGCAUGGUGGUACUCUGCACAAAGCAUGUUUGUAAUCAAGCUCAUCACAAAAAGGCGCAUGCGGAGCAAUGUAAUAGUUCAGAAGCUCUCCAUGUUCGCAACAGCAGACCCUAUGAUUUUGCAAAAUGGUUAUGGAGAAUCCUCAUGUGCCACUACGCCAAAGAUUUUUGGUGGGGGCCAUAACGCCUUAAUCAGCCUUGAGCUUAGAACAGCAAAAAAGCAUGAUGGGAGUUUGGAACAAGGAACACCUCAUUCACUUGCUUUCAUCGCUGCUUAUAAGCUUCUAUGUGGCCUACUUUUUGUUACACAUAAGACCAAAAAAAGCUCAAUCACAAGACUGAGCACCUAAACUGUUUAGAAUACCCAAACCAUAUUGCAUGCCGUUACAGGGUUGCUACUUCAACAUCAUUGCAGAAUAUAUGCCAGUACAAAUAUUUAGGACCAGGGUGGGCAGAGGUAAAUUUACUGUGAAUCAUGGGAGACGUAUUCUCCAUACCUUAACUGAAAAUAUAUAUAUACUUGGGCCUACUUAUUGUGUAUUCAGUGACACUUUCAGGAAACAACUACACCAAUUUCCUAUUAAAUAUCAAAUAAUAUAUCUUAAGUAGCCAUAGGGAUAUCAUAGGAAUGCAUAAAGGAAAUUCCAUUGCAAAGCUGUCCCUUCUUCCUAUCUUCCAAAACUUUACUAUAUUAGUUUAGGGGAAAUGUAAUAAUUGCACCAAGUGAGAGAAUUUUCAAGUGUUAUUUGUGAAGCAGAUAUAUUAUUGGAGCUGCUCUAACUCCUUUCUGUAUUAUGUAUUAAAUUUAAGAGCAGGGAUAAAGCAGUGACUGGACCAUUUGCCUACACAACCUGUUUCUACAGAGAAUGACAGGUGGACUGUGGCUCUGGGUAAUAUUCACUUGAGAUGAUCUUCAACGGGGAUGUUUUGGUUCCUGGCAAAGCAGGAUCAUUUCUGGGUCAAAUCAUCUCAUGUCAGAUCAGCUAGGGAUGAUGCCAUGUUAUCCAUAAACACUUGCGGUGAGUAUUUCUAUCAGCAGUAGCAGUGAAGUGCUUCACUGAUUAUCAUCAUGUAUAAGAAAACAAUGCUUAAAAGAUGUUUCACAUCUGGAACCCAGUAGGGUAAUAGUGGGCUGCAGGGCAAAGAGAGUUUGGGCAGAUCGUCAACCAUCAUUGCAGUGGUCCAGAAGCUCAGGCUCCUUCCAUUCCCGUGGUAAACACAGGAAUUUGUCUUAUGCUGAGUCAGUCUGGCAGCAACGCUCAAGGAUCUCAGGCAGUAAACACUUUCCUCCAGACUUCUGCAUAUCUCCUACCACUGAGCUAUGGUCCCACCUGUGGGAUGUGGGCCUAAAGGCAGACAGUGGUUUUGAAGAGCAUUGAAAGUGCUACGGUGGAGGUGUCUUUUUCACUGUUACCUUGGCCAAAGUGAUGUUGCAGGUUUCUGAAGCACUAUGAAACCUGCCAAACCUCUUUAACAAAACUGGAUACACCAUGAGAAAUUAUGCUUCUCAUACCGCCACCAACACUCUGAAAAUAAUUGCUGUGUAUCCUGGUUCCAUACCACAGUGGUUAGGAGCAGAGGACACAAGCACUUAAGUACAGCCACAAGCCAAUCUGAAGCUGAAUGUGGCAGAGCUCUUUAAAGAAACAGGUGCACUCUUUCUAAACCAUUAGUAGAAGCCCUAUUCCAGUAACAAAUUUCGUUGUGAACCUGUCAUGUUGUUGCCGAAAACAUAAAUUCCUUUUAUUUUCCUAAUUCCAUUAAGCAAAUAAGUCUCAUAUGGAUGGCAGGCGAUAUUCAUUCAGAAUCCGUGGAAAUUAAUUAACUUAAUUUAAAUAGUUUAUAGCAGCAUCUAGCAGCACUGCAUGUGACUGUGCCUCAGUAUCUCUGGGCUAGAUCCUGCAAUAAUGACUGAUUUUAUCAAAUUUGACAAGUCAUGAAUUCUCCCUAGGGCUCAAUAAAAUGGGUGUGACAUGAAUCACCAUGCCUACCUUCUGUGGGUAUUAUGAAUUCUGUCAAAUGCAACUGUAGAGCCAGUGUGGCUUUUGUUUUCAAAUAUAGUUCCCUGAGUGACUUAUGAGUGACUCAGUGACCACUUGAAGAUAUUGUGAUUAUACAAAAGCAAGGGAUCAGGCCAUUUCUGCAUCAGAUAUUGUUUACAUGAGCAGUUAUCCUGAGACAGAAAACCCUGAACUUCUUUAUCUACUUUGUUUACGUGAUCAAGGGGCUGAUCAAAAGCAGAAAGCAAGGAAGACUGCUCCUGUAUAAAAAGUUCUAACUUUCCUUCCAUUUCAUUGCCAGAUUAAGUGACUGUGUAAAGAACAGUACAGUGCUCAUUAUCUUGGGCAUGUGGAGGUGAGUGGUGGCAUUUAAAAACUUGAACUCUUAGUGUUAAUUCUGUUUCACUCUUGCAAGAGAGUUAACAAUAUGGUUACAAAAGAGCCAUAUGUUAUAUCAUAUACAGUAUUUCUCUUUGACCACUUAUAAAAUGUUAGCAGUAAUAUCUCCAUAUCUAAUAAGGAAAAGUGAAAUAUGAACUAAGACAGCUUGUAACUGGGAUUGCAAUGCCCAACUUUCCUCAGAAAACAAUCUGUCUCUUUUUAAGAAAUACAUUUCUAGUGCAAAUUUAGUGCUCUUACAUCACAUCCACUUGCAGAAAAUGCCAAAAAUACGCUUUGUAAACAACACACCUGGAAAAUCUAGAAGUUUAUCAGCAUGUGCUAAAAAAUAAUGGGCAGUUUGCACACUUCUUUUUUACAUAUGAAGAUAAGCCAUUCCUAUAGGUACAUGUGCAGGAUUAUUUUGACUGGGAUAUAAAGACGCUUCUAAAUUUGACUUCUUUCAGCAGCACAUAGAGCAGUCUUAAAAACCACUCUGGAGCCGCCAACCCCCCCUCUAAUAUUCAGUAGUGGCUUUUCAGGGAGUACUAAGUGCUGAUUUUGGAAGGCCCAUCUGAAAAGAUGUUGUGCAUAUUCACCCCUGUGAAUUGGCAACUCGCAGGUCUCCAGCAACUCUCCUACCAGUGCCAAUGUUAUAUUUACCUCUGGUAUGUGGGGGCACUGGCUUUCCAACAAACGUGCCAACGACAAAAUAAAAUAUAGAGAUCUAUGCAUGAAAAGUGCCAUGCUUUAUGUGUCACAGAACCACCUGCUGUUCCAUGUAACCCCUGUUUGUGUAAAAUCUUUUUGAGCCUAAUUGAUUGAACCUGGAAAUUCCAGUGAAAAUGAAAUGUGAGUUUAGGAUUAUGGAGUUAGAUUCCUCCCCCUCCCAAACUAGUUGUAACAUGAUCCAGCCAAAGCGAAGCACUUUUUAGGUCCCAUCCAUUUCAAUGGGAAAGUUAAGCACAUCAGGGGAUAGGCCAGAGCACAAACCUUAUGGGUUGCAUGCCUAAGAUUCUAGGAUAAAUAUCUGGCACCUUUAAAAAAGGGUUCUCUGAUAGCAGGGCUGAGAAAUGCCUUCACCCACCACAUUGGAGAACUACUGCCAGGCAGUCUAGAGAGCUCUUAUCUUGGUGGGCCAACUAUUUGGUUUUGUAUGAGGCAACUCCCAAAACCUGUUGUAAUCAGUGGGACUUAGAAGUGCUUACCUUUGGCUACAUGGUGCCCACUACGUUGUUCUAGACAUUAUUCAGGCUUCUGAUCAUGCAAGUGCUAAGUCAUCCUCAUGUAAACCUUGUUAAAAUUUAAGCAAGCAGAUAUCGGGUUUUAAUUCAGACUUAACGGAAUGAUCCACACUGUCAUUCUUUAAGGCAGUGUGUGUAUGUAUAUAUAUAUAUAUAUGAUCUCAGUGCCUAUCUGUUUUAUGUCUACAAAAACCACUGCCUCUGGAAGUAUUGUUGAAUGGCUGUAGCACUCAGUAAGACGACUGAAAUUGUAGCUAUACAAAUGAAGGUUUGUGUUUUCUUAGGAUGAAUAUCAAAGGGACAAUCGUGUGCAGUUAAUAGAUGUAGUCAAUUGAUAUUACUGUUUACCCCUGUUAUGAAAUAUUUUACAGUUUUACUUGCAGAUGUGUAUUUAUCUUGAGUUAUACUUGACAUAGAGUUCCUUUCUUCUUUUUAAUACUGUGUGUGUAUUUUGGGGAAAAUACUUUUUAGGUGUUUAAAUUUUUGAAUGGUUACAAAUAUUUCUUUGUAAUACUGAAUUGUUAUCUGGAAACUCUUUGCAGUAACCUUUUUUGUAUAUAUUUGAGGGCCUUUUUUUUAAAAAAAACUAUCGUUUGUUCUGUUUGGGUUUUUUAAAAAGUGUUUUUACAACUCUGAAGCUUUCAAAAAGGGCCUUGGUUUUUUUUACUAGAAUACUAACAGAGCUAAGAGUUUUCUUAAGUAUUAUACAAAAUUAAGGGUGUAUCCUCAAGAAAAUAUUUAUGGAAGGAAUUUGCUUUUUUGCUUUUGCUUUUUUCUUUUUUUUACAAUGCUUUUGUCUGUAUAAAGUAUGCAACAGAACUACAUUAAGAAGGAAAUAUUGUCUACAUAGAAUAUUAUAUGAAAGUUGGUACAUAAUUCUGACAUGAAGAAAAAAACCCCUUGCAAUUCUUUAAGCCAUAUUGUUGUUGUUUUUGUUGUUGUUUUCCUUUGGAUGAAAAUAUCAGUAUUAAGUAACCAGUAUAUUAUUCAGGUGUUUAGAACUUAUAUUAAUAUGCUUAUUUGGUUUAUUUAUAUGUGUAUUUUGAAAAGUAUUGCCUUUUUAGAGAAGCUAUAACUGAUUUGGUAAGAAUCAGAUGUUACACUAUCACUUUAUGACCUUGUGAAAGACACACUUGUUUAUAGCCCACUCCCAAAACUUAUGCUUAGGAUGGGGCUAUAAUGACUUCUAUGUCGGCACAGUUUUAUAGUAGCAUAGCAGGGACUCCGGUGCAAAGAGUUAGAUUUGAAGUGCAAAUGCUCAAAGGACUUAUUCACACAUUAUGCUUUUCAAGUGUACAUCUAGUUUUUUUAAAUAACCUACUGCAUACCUUAACAUGCAAGGGGGUAAAUGUGACAAACAUGUAACAUCAUUUAGAUUCGACAGCAGGGUUUGCUGCAGCUCCCUGGUUUUGUUGCAAUGUAAUGUGUGAAAUGAUCCAAAGAGUCCAGAUUUGGCUUUCAGAAAUUCUGUAACACGGUUAUAUUAUCUGAUUAUUAUUAUUUUCACACUAUCUCUUCAGGGUGGGUGGGUGGGAGGGGGGAGACAUUGUUUUGCUAAGGAAGGCUCACAGCAGUUUGCAAAGACUCUGUGGGAUUUGCGAUGCCAUGCUAGCAGUAAAACAAUACAGUACUAUCAAUCAGUGGCCAUAAUCAAGAAAGAGUUAGAUCGACACAAGCAUUUUGUGUUUAUUUUUUAUUUAGAAUUCAUAAAAUGAUACAAUAUGCAUGUGCACGUAUUAUAUGCAUUUUACGCUUUAUGGUUUCACAUAGCUCCAUUAUAUUAAGAUUGUUUGUGUGAUUCUUAAACCAUGCUAAAAUAGGAGAUAGGUUCAAUCCUGUACUGGGCUUGUUUUUCCUUUACAACGGUUAUUUAGAGCAGCAAUCACUACAUUGUAUAAAACUAACCCUUUUAUCAUAUUAACGCCUACCAGUUUAGAUUAGUUCAAUUACUUAUAAACUUAAAGAAAAAAACACCAUAGCUGUACCCACAGACUUCUUUUCAGUUUCAGUCAUAUAAUUUUUCUCUUCUGUAACUGGUAAUUAAUUUGUACAGCUUAAAAAUAAUAAUAAUGAUAACAUUUCUAUGGACAUAGGCCUCAGGGGUGCCAGGCUUAUUUCAGCCACGAAGGUGAUAACUGGUUAACUGGGUUGUUUAAAAGACUGUCAAACCUCUGUUGUGGAUUGUCCAUAAAAUGGCAUUCCGACAUGUGCCUUAUUUGCUGAAUAGUAUAUGGCUUGCUUUUAGCAUUAUAGCAGUUUAAUGCUGUAUUAAAAUACUGCAAAAACAAA